AAAACCCACAAACGAACACACACACACCACAUCCAUCUCCAUUCUCCUAUCAACACACUUGAAUCAGUGGGUGUCACUCUAUCUUUAUUUUUAUAUAUUAUCUAUAAACGUUUAUUAUAUUUUCAAUAUUUGAAUCGCUUUGCGAAAGACUGAGGAAGAAGCUUAGUCUGGGUUCGGGCAAUUUGCAGAAAACAUCAACGAUUACUGGGGAGGACACGGAUUCAUUAUUACCCCUGGUUUGGUACACAGAUAUUUCUGUUGCAAAGUGGCUUGAACUUAUAAUAGAUACAUACAUGCAUACAUAACAUAAGAAAAUAGACAUAGAUUAGGAGAUAACAUUUUAUGCCCAGCUAAAAGCACGUGCACAUAAUAUAUAUAUCUUUAUGCAUAUACACCCUCGAUCAUUCAAUACAGUGAGAUAUACAACUGCAGGCAUCUAAAUGUAUUACAUAUUAAAUGACAGAGAGUUCUUUUAAACCCACCUCCACUAAACUCAUUGCCUGUCGACUUGUCCACCUCCCUCUCUCUUCCUUCACGUUUUUAACAUUCGUCAAAUAACCACACAAGAUAGACUUACAAACAGCACUAAACACACACACACACAUAUAUAUAUAUAUAUAUAUAUAUAUAUUCAUUCCGGCAGGCACACACAUACAGACAUAGAGUCGAAUAUCUAGCAUUAGAUUAGGGCAAGCCACUCUUUACCACAUCGUACCAGCAGGAUUUAUCUCCGCACUUUACAUCAACCAGCAUGUCGUUUGUGCCAAAGAGUAAAUUUCGACAUGUCUUCGGCAAAGCACUCCGUCGGGACCAAUGCUAUGAUGGUAUCCGUAUCACCAAAAGUUCCUGGGAUUCUACCUUUACUGCUGUCAACCCGAAGUUUGUGGCCAUUAUCACCGAAUCCGCCGGUGGUGGUUCGUUUCUCGUCCUUCCUUUGGCAAAGGUUGGCCGUGUUGCACAUGACUGCGCAUUGGUGACAGGUCAUCGGGCUGCAGUCCUCGAUAUUGCCUUUUGUCCACACAAUGACAACAUCAUUGCAAGUGCCUCAGAAGAUUGUUCCGUCAAAAUCUGGAUGAUACCAGAUGCUGGACUUGUAACUUGUAUGACGGAAUCUAUUGUUGACCUUCUGGCUCAUCAGAGGCGAGUUGGAAUUGUUGUGUGGCAUCCUUCGGCACACAAUAUCCUUCUCAGUGCAGGCUCAGAUAACAAAAUCUUCAUCUGGAACUGUGGAACUGGGGAACCUUUGGUCGAAAUAGAACUUCCUGAUUUGAUUUUAUCUGCCAGUUUCAAUUACAAUGGCAGUCGUGUUGCGGUCACAACAAAAGACAAAAUGAUUCGUAUUCUUGAUCCUAGGACUGGUAGCGAGUUAAAGAGUGCCAAGGGACACCAAGGUUCCAAACCAUCCCAGUGUGUUUUCUUAAGGAAUGGCAAGAUCUUUACAACUGGUUUUUCUAGAAUGAGCGAGCGACAAUAUGCCCUUUGGGAUGAGAAAGAUUUGUCCACUCCAUUGACAAUGCAAGAAAUAGACAAUAGCAAUGGUGUUCUGUUCCCAUUUUAUGAUCCAGAUACAAACAUGGUAUAUCUAUGUGGCAAGGGUGAUUGUGGUAUAUUCUACUAUGAGAUAAUCGAGGGGUCACCAUUUGUAUAUUUCCUGAAUAACUACAAGUCAUCAGAACCACAGCGAGGUAUUGGCAUGAUGCCCAAACGUGGUGUCAACGUGAAUCAGUGUGAAAUUUCAAGAUUCUACAAACUUCUUAAUAAUGGCCUCUGCGAAGUUAUUCCUUUUACAGUUCCAAGAAAAUCUGAACUUUACCAAGAUGAUUUGUACCCAGACACAGCCGAUGAAUCUCCUGCUAUUUCUGCACCGGAUUGGUUUAAUGGUAAAGAUGCUGACCCUGUGUUGGUUUCACUGAAAGAUGGCUUUAAAUCCACUAUGAAGGAACCUCUAAAGACUGUCAGGCGAUCCAACAUUUUGGAUAAAAUGAUGAAACCAGCUGGUGGAAGUGAUUCUCCUCCUGCUCAAACUCCUUCGCGAGGAUCACCAACUCCAGCGGCGGCUCCAGUAGUCCAUGCCCCCAAACCAGAACCAGUUGUACAUUCUCCUGCACCGGCUCCAGCCCCUGUCAGUAAGCCUGCUCCUCCACAAAAUGAAGUGAAGCCUGCUCCUGCCCCUGCAGCAGCAGCAGAACCUGUUAAUCAACGACAGUCGGCCAACCUAUCAAAUACUCCCUCUAGCAAUAAUGUGCCUGCAGGUGCCCUGAGUUUACCCCCUAACUUCGAUCCGAAAGUGGUGAUGGAGGAGGUGAAGAUGCUGACUGCAACCGUAGAGAAGUUGGAUAAGCGCAUUGAAGAACUCGAGUCGAGGCUGGCAGCUCUUGAGAGCGAUGAAGAAGAAGACCACAACAACGACAAUGAUGAUGAAGGAGAUAAUAAUGAUAAAGACGAUGACGAUGACAAUGACGACAGCAAAGUUGAUGACAUGCCCAGCUAGACUGUUUUUAAUUAACUGCUAAAUGCCAUGACAAUAUAUAUAUAUAUAUAUAUAUCUAUAAAAUAUAUAUAUAAUAUGUAUGUGUGCAUACAUAUAUAUAUAUAUGUACGUAUAUAUAUAUAUAUAUAUAUAU